AGUAGACAGUUUAACAAGAAUUUGACGUGCACCAAAGGAGGUAAUCAAAACAACAACAAAAACCACAAACAUCACAAAUCGGGUGCUAUUUAUUUGCCACAUGUCCGCCGAGAAUGAGAAUGUGCAUCAAACUAAGACCAAAACAAGUAUUUAAAAAACAUAAGUCAACAAAGCAGGAUCAGUUGCAGCGAAAACAAAAAGUACAUUUGUACCGCACAUAAUAAAUACUGAACCCCGGCAACUAACUACAAAGUGCUCGUUACUAAACGUAGUACGCACAUCAUAGAUACUAAAACAGCGUUAAUCAUGAACGGCAGCUCGGCAGCAACUACACCAACACUUCAUAAAUUAACAUCUUUAAAGCCGGCUCGUGAUUUGACACUGGGUGGACGUGGUGGCAAUGCCGGCGCUAAUGCAGCGAAAAAAGUAUUCACGCCCAACCUCAAUGUAGUGCGCAACAAGAACACCAAUGUGAAAACUUCUAAAGACACUACAGCGCGUGGUGGUCGUGGGCGCGGUGCGCGAGGUGGACGCGGUGCCGGCAGUGGUACGCGUGGUGGACGUGGUGGUGCUGCAGGCGGUGCCAAUUCAUCACUCAUACAAACCACCGGUGUGUUUUCAGAAGGUGCUGGUGCUAUAAACAUACGUAAAACAAGCUCGGGCGGUUCAGGUUUCAGCAGUCGAAAUACCGAUGAUACCGCCUCACAAAUGCGUCGGCCGACUAUAAUUAAACAGGAACAUUUGAAAAAAAUUGAUACGAAAGCUGAUGAAGAGCAGCUGCGUGAACUACUUGGUGAUACAGAUGAAGAUGAUUUAGUAGAUGAAAAGACUGAUUUAGAAAUGAUGCCGGUCAAACUGAGUAACGCCAAGUGGAAGCCUAUUAAAGUUGAAGUUAAGCAAGAGAAAGUAGAGGCUGAAGUAAAAGAUGAAGCUGCUGAAAUUUGUGAAGAUAUCGAAUCCGCUGUCGCUAUUGCACAAAAUUUGCAAACGCAGGUUGUAAGGGAAGAGGAGCAGCAACUACGCACAAACGGCGCUUUGGAGCGAUAUCCAGAGUCCGUUGCUGAGCUGUUAGACCGGACACAAUCACAGCUCUUAUUAUUACAGCUGCCAAAUGUGUUGCCUUGUGAAGACGAUUUGGAGGAAGUUACUGAAAAGCCGAAUCAUGAAAAGAACAUUUCCGCAGACACACCUUCUACAUCACAAAAUCCACCUGCUACAAAACCACCAACGAAGCGUACAUCGAUGAAAGAUUUGGAAGAGGGUAAAAUUGGUAGAUUACUACGCUACAAGUCGGGGAAAGUAAAGUUGGUUUUAGGCAAUACGUAUUUCGAUUUGAAUAUGGGCAUUGAAACUGGUUUCCUACAAGACCUCAUGUCCAUCAAUACCAAUAGGGAGGAGCGUAGUGGCAAUAUGAUUAAUCUCGGUUCCAUACAAGCCAAACUGACAGUCACACCCGAUUGGGAGCAUUUAAUGGAACAGGAAGAACGACGACAGCGUUCAAAACCUGCAUAGCACUGCGAACACUAUAACUUUUAUAUAAACUUAGUUAUAAAUUAAGUGUUAAUUUGACGUCUAUUUCUAAGUUACUGUAGUUAUAAACGAGCAAUGGCACCCAUAAGCUAAUUUUGUGAAAUUAGUACAGGGAAGGCAUUAAGAAAUCAUAAACAAUUGAUCCUAUA